AUGUAUCCCGAACACAAGUAUCGGGAGUAUCAACGGAGGGUGCCCUUAUGGCAGUACUCCCUGUUGGUGAUUGUACUGCUAUACGGGUCUCAUUUGCUUAUCAGCACCAUCAACUUGAUACACUAUAACCACAAAAAUUAUCAUGCACACCCAGUCAAUAGUGGUAUCGUUCUUAAUGAGUUUGCUGAUGACGAUUCAUUCUCUUUGAAUGGCACUCUGAACUUGGAGAACUGGAGAAAUGGUACCUUUUCCCCUAAAUUUCAUUCCAUUCAGUGGACCGAAAUAGGUCAGGAAGAUGACCAGGGAUAUUACAUUCUCUCUUCCAAUUCCUCUUACAUAGUAAAGUCUUUAUCCGACCCAGACUUUGAAUCUGUUCUAUUCAACGAGUCUACAAUCACUUACAACGGUGAAGAACAUCAUGUGGAAGACGUCAUAGUGUCCAAUAAUCUUCAAUAUGCAUUGGUAGUUACGGAUAAGAGACAUAAUUGGCGCCAUUCUUUUUUUGCGAAUUACUGGCUGUAUAAAGUCAACAAUCCUGAACAGGUUCAGCCUUUGUUUGAUACAGAUCUAUCGUUGAAUGGUCUUAUUAGCCUUGUCCAUUGGUCUCCGGAUUCUUCCCAAGUUGCAUUUGUGUUGGAAAAUAACAUAUAUUUGAAGCAUCUUAACAACUUUUCUGAUUCAAGGAUUGAUCAACUAACUUAUGAUGGAGGCGAAAACAUAUUUUAUGGCAAACCAGAUUGGGUUUAUGAAGAAGAAGUGUUUGAAAGCAACUCUGCUAUGUGGUGGUCUCCAAAUGGAAAGUUUUUAUCAAUAUUGCGAACUAAUGACACCCAAGUGCCUGUCUAUCCUAUUCCAUAUUUUGUUCAGUCUGAUGCUGAAACAGCUAUCGAUGAAUACCCUCUUCUGAAACACAUAAAAUACCCAAAGGCAGGAUUUCCCAAUCCAGUUGUUGAUGUGAUUGUAUACGAUGUUCAACGCCAGCACAUAUCUAGGUUACCUGCUGGUGAUCCUUUCUACAACGAUGAGAACAUUACCAAUGAGGACAGACUUAUCACUGAGAUCAUCUGGGUUGGUGAUUCACGGUUCCUGACCAAGAUUACGAACAGGGAAAGUGACUUGUUAGCAUUUUAUCUGGUAGACGCUGAGGCUAACAAUAGUAAGCUGGUAAGAUUCCAAGAUGCUAAGAGCACCAAGUCUUGGUUUGAAAUUGAACACAACACAUUGUAUAUUCCUAAGGAUACUUCAGUGGGAAGGGCACAAGAUGGCUACAUCGACACCAUAGAUGUUAACGGCUACAACCAUUUAGCCUAUUUCUCACCACCAGACAACCCAGACCCCAAGGUCAUUCUUACGCGUGGUGAUUGGGAAGUCGUUGACAGUCCAUCUGCAUUUGACUUCAAAAGAAAUUUGGUUUACUUUACAGCAACCAAGAAAUCCUCAAUAGAAAGACAUGUUUAUUGUGUUGGGAUAGACGGGAAACAAUUCAACAAUGUAACUGAUGUUUCAUCAGAUGGAUACUACAGUACAAGCUUUUCCCCUGGAGCAAGAUAUGUAUUGCUAUCACACCAAGGUCCCCGUGUACCUUAUCAAAAGAUGAUAGAUCUUGUCAAAGGCACCGAAGAAAUAAUCGAAUCUAACGAAGAUUUGAAAGACUCCGUUGCUUUAUUUGAUUUACCUGAUGUCAAGUACGGCGAAAUCGAGCUUGAAAAAGGUGUCAAGUCAAACUACGUUGAGAUCAGGCCUAAGAACUUCGAUGAAAGCAAAAAGUAUCCGGUUUUAUUUUUUGUGUAUGGGGGGCCAGGUUCCCAAUUGGUAACAAAGACAUUUUCUAAGAGUUUCCAGCAUGUUGUAUCCUCUGAGCUUGACGUCAUUGUUGUCACGGUGGAUGGAAGAGGGACUGGAUUUAAAGGUAGAAAAUAUAGAUCCAUAGUGCGGGACAACUUGGGUCAUUAUGAAUCCCUGGACCAAAUCACGGCAGGAAAAAUUUGGGCAGCAAAGCCUUACGUUGAUGAGAAUAGACUGGCCAUUUGGGGUUGGUCUUAUGGAGGUUACAUGACGCUAAAGGUUUUAGAACAGGAUAAAGGUGAAACAUUCAAAUAUGGAAUGUCUGUUGCCCCUGUGACGAAUUGGAAAUUCUAUGAUUCUAUCUACACAGAAAGAUACAUGCACACUCCUCAGGACAAUCCAAACUAUUAUAAUUCGUCAAUCCAUGAGAUUGAUAAUUUGAAGGGAGUGAAGAGGUUCUUGCUAAUGCACGGAACUGGUGACGACAAUGUUCACUUCCAAAAUACACUCAAAGUUCUAGAUUUAUUUGAUUUACAUGGUCUUGAAAACUAUGAUAUCCACGUGUUCCCUGAUAGUGAUCACAGUAUUAGAUAUCACAACGGUAAUGUUAUAGUGUAUGAUAAGCUAUUCCAUUGGAUUAGGCGUGCAUUCAAGGCUGGCAAAUAA